AUGUCCCCUGCCUCUCGUACCUUUUCGCCAAUGGGCUGGCCACCGCCUAGUGCUCGCUGCCACAAAUGUUGCUGGGGUAUUGUGUCCCUGGCCGACGCCUCUGAACAAAUGGCUGUCCUCGUCUCGCAAAUGUUCUACCGACACACUGCGACGCCAACGAGCCAGCCCCUGCGCAUGGCGAUCAUCACUCGUCUCCCUGUGCGCUCGGCUCUUCUUGGCUCUCUGCCUCUUGAGCGUCAUCCCUGUACGCCACAGGGCUGUCCCGUGUCUCAGUAUGGGAUGGAGCUUUCUGGUUAUCCUUGUUCUCCCAGAACCUUUAUCGUUUUCCCUUUUAAGGCCUCCUUCUGCUCUCCACCACAAGUUGGCUCGCUCACCUUGUCAAAUGAGCACACUGUCGGACCGCAGAGACACAGGUCUCUUUGCAAAGAACGGAUCCACCGUGCUUGCACGACCACAAAUAUGAUGUGUUUGCCCGUGAUUACUUAUCGAGCAUGGCCCAAGACCUAUGAGCUUGGAAGAUCAACAGGCUGUCGACAUUUCAUUGUGAUGCAUGGCCCGCGUGACCGCUUUUCCCCGGCAGCAAGCAAGGCGUGCAAGGCACCAGCCCUUCAGGACAUGCGAUGA